AUCCGCGCCCAACCCGUGCCUUCCCCUCGUCAUCAACAGCAACGCCACCGGCCACUCCCCUCCUCUCCCAUAUCCUAAGCUACCCCAUCCCUCUCCUCCAUUCGCAACCCUAACACUAAUCCUAACCAUAAGGAUCGCCAUGGACGCUGCUCGCCUCCUCACCCCCUGCUUCUCUUCUCCCAUUCGGUCCUCUUCUUGUCGACCUCUAUCCCUUCUCUCCGGCGCCUUCCCAAGUCCCACGCUGUUCGCUCCAUUUCGAUCCGGACAUCGCGGGAACCUGUGCUUGACCUGCGCGGCGGAGACCCUGGUCGCCGGAUCGCAGAGGGAGGAAGGGAGCUCGCAUGCGCUCCGAGGCGGGAAAGGACUGGAGGCCGGAGAUCUCGAGUCUUGGUUGCACGCGCACGGCUUGCCGCCGUGCAAGGUGGUUCUCAAGGAGAGGCCUUCUCAUGACGGGAGGCGCCGGUCGAUCCAUUAUAUCGCGGCAAGCGAAGAUAUUGAGGCUGGUGAUGUAUUAUUCUCAAUUCCGAACUCUUUGGUGGUAACUCUGGAUAGAGUUCUUGGAAACGAGACGAUUGUCAACUUUUUGUGUUGUGCAGCGGAACUCUUAACAACAAACAAGCUAUCAGAAUUAGCCUGCUUGGCACUAUAUCUCAUGUAUGAGAAAAAACAGGGCAAAAAGUCUUUCUGGUAUCCCUUCAUUAGGGAGCUUGAUCGUCAACAAGGAAGAGGCCAGCUAGCUGUGGAAUCACCACUUCUAUGGUCUGAAACUGAACUGGCUUACCUGGAUGGCAGUCCUACAAGGGCUGAACUUCUUGAAAGGGAUGAAGGAAUAAAGAGAGAGUACAACGAGCUUGAUACAGUCUGGUUCAUGGCUGGCUCAUUAUUCCAGCAAUACCCUUUUGACAUUCCCACUGAAGCUUUUCCGUUUGAGAUUUUCAAGCAGGCAUUCGUUGCAGUUCAAUCUUGUGUUGUUCAUUUGCAGAAAGUCAAUUUGGCUCGAAGGUUUGCCUUAGUUCCUUUGGGGCCACCAUUGUUGGCUUACAAGAGCAACUGCAAAGCAAUGCUAACUGCUGUCAGCGAUGCUGUUAAGUUGGUGGUUGAUCGUCCAUAUAAAGCUGGGGAACCGAUUGUUGUAUGGUGUGGACCGCAACCAAAUUCAAGGUUACUUCUCAAUUAUGGUUUUGUUGAUGAAGAUAAUCCAUAUGACCGUGUAGUGGUUGAGGCAUCCCUGAAUAUGGAAGAUCCUCAAUUCCAAGAAAAGAGAAUGGUUGCUCAAAGAAAUGGAAAGCUGGCUGUCCAAGUUUUUCGUGUGUAUGUGGGAAGAGAAAAAGAAGCUAUCUCAGAAAUGCUGCCUUAUAUGAGAUUAGGGUAUGUUUCAGACCCAGCAGAGAUGCAAUCGGUUAUUUCUUCUCAAGGUCCUAUCUGCCCUGUGAGCCCAUGCAUGGAGCGAGCAGUAUUGGACCAACUUGUUGGUUAUUUUGAGGCUAGGUUGGCGGGCUACCCUACAACCUUAAGUGAGGAUGAAGAUAUGUUGAGAGAUGGCCAUUUAGAUCCGAAGAAGCGAGUUGCAGUUCAGCUUGUAAAGUUGGAAAAGAAAAUGCUACAUGCCUGCCUUCAGGCUACAUUUGGAUUCAUAAAUCAAUUACCAGACCACACUGUAUCUCCCUGUCCAGCUCCUUUUGCUCCUCAAUUGAAAUAAUAGACCACCUAUCCCUAGCAGCUGUCUAAUAUGAUAAGCCAAGCAAGUCAAUCAUAACAUUUUAGCUUUAACCAAUUGGAUUGCCUGUGGGGUGCACCAUUCAGCUACCUCGAAUUCAAGUUACCGACCCGAUCGCCAGAUACUAUGGCCUGAAGCGUGGACAAGUGGUACAGGUCAUCCGACCCAGUGAGACUGCAGGUAGAUACGUGACAUAUCUAUAUAUUGUGUGAGUUAUGCCAGAUUUUAGAAUGCUCUGGUGAUGCUCCUGUAGCUGUUCCAUCCAAGCCAAAGUUUAUAAAAUGUAGCUAUUUAUACCCUAAUGAUGAUGCCUAAGAUCCUUGUAUGACAAAUUAUGUUCAGAAACUUCUUUCCUCAUAUGGUAGGUGCUGAAGUCGUACUUUCUUUGCUAGCAUAAGAUCUACAUGUAUUUUGCCCAUUGGUAAUUGACUGCGUGAUGAUUUGGUUCCGAUUUCUGCUUAAAUAAGCAAAAAGCCCUUCAUCCUGUGAAUA